GCGAGAGCAGCCGUUCAAAGAAGAGCUACUGAACCACCACAACUUGGCUGAUUACAUUAGGUCCUGAGGGUAAUCUGUCAAAAAAUGUCAAAAGUCAAUCUCAGCAUUGUGGCAAUCACCAUUCUUCUGGUGGUGGGGACACUGGCACAGAAUCCUAAGAAACCACUGAAACAACCAAAGCCAUCCAAGGCUCAGUGCUGCGAUGAGGUGCGCUCUCUCAAGGUUCAAGUGGCCAAUUUGACCAGUCUCCUGGGGGAGCUGAGUCGCAAGCAGGAGGUAGACUUUAUGAAUGUAGUGAAGCAGAUCAUGGACCUGGACAAGCAGAACCGACAGCAGGAAGCCAGGGUAACUGAGGCCGAGAGCAAGUACUCCGAAAUUAACAACCGUGUGGAGAUCAUGCAGCUUCAGACUGUUCAAUCAGCUCCUCAGACAACAUCAGAUGCCAUAUAUGACUGUGCAUCACUCUACAGCAAGAACUACAAGAUCUCUGGCGAGUAUAAACUUCCAAAAGAUGAGUUCCUAGGAACACCUGAGCUUAAUGUGUUCUGUGAUAUGAAGACAAAUGGGGGUGGCUGGACUCUAAUCCAGAGGCGUAAAAUUGGCCUGACGUCAUUUAACCGUGACUGGAAGCAGUACAAAAGCGGAUUUGGAUCCAUCCGUGGAGACUUCUGGCUUGGCAAUGACCACAUAUUUCGUCUAACAAGGCAGCCCAGUGUGCUAAGGAUUGAGAUGGAGGACUGGGAAGGAGAGACUCGUUAUGCUGAGUAUGGGUUUUUCACUGUGGCCAAUGAGCUCAACAGCUUCAGGCUCUUCCUUGCCAAAUACCGUGGGAAUGCUGGAGAUUCCCUGCGCUACCAUAACAACACCAACUUCAGCACCCUUAACAAAGACAAUGACAAAUGUGUAGAUGACUGUGCUUCAUUACGCAAAGGUGGUUACUGGUACAAUUGCUGCACCGACUCAAACUUGAAUGGAGUUUUUUACCGCUAUGGUGAGCACAUGAAGAGCACAGAUGGGAUCACUUGGUACGGAUGGCACGGUCCCAACUAUUCCCUCAAAAAAGUAGAGAUGAAGGUCCGGCCUGUAAAUUUCCAGCCAUAAGUUUUACAGCUGUACAUCCUGGAUUGACAUCACACAAGCGUUCCCUUAUACAAGAUAGACCAAAUGAUGGCUUGCCCUCAGCUGCCAAAGGAGGGCAAUUUGUCUGUGGCCUGAUUAGGUUUGAAUCAGUUGAAUGUUACGCUGGUAUUCGGUGUGAUUGUAAAUUGUAGUUGUGUGUAGUGUAUUUAUCAAUAAAAUAUUGUAUUUUCUAAAAUCUUAUAUAGUUUUUUUUUUAUCACUGUACCACACGUGGCUGGAUUAUGACUCAUUUAUAGGACUUGCAAAAUAAAGAAAGUGCCCUCCCCACUCUUAUUCAGUACCAUUAAUGGAGAUUACCAAAGAUGCAUUAUAGCAAGAUAAAUACAAUCUAUUUCCUUUAUGAGUAAAACUUAAUUUCAAUAUUAUAAUUUUAGCUAUGGGACCAAUAAUAUUGAAAUUAGGCUGCACUUUUUUGAGAGGGUGGGGGGCUGCUGAUGUAUGAAACUUCUCAUUUUUAAAAAGUGCGCAGAGCUGUAUGUAUGCAGUUUACAUGU